GUUCAGACCGGCCCACCUACGGGAGAAUGCUGUUAAAGUCGCAGCGAUUUUUUGAGGAGUGUCGGCCUUCGAGAAAACACUUCCACUCUUUCCAACAACCAGACGGUUUCAAUCCGCAGUCACCUCUUCUCCACGGCGGUCUUCAAUACGUUGCUCAGUUUUGGGAACUAUUAGCUGACUUUACAAUGGAUUUUGAUGAGUAUGAUUACUUGGAAAAAAUGGUGGAAAAUCCCGAACCACCAAAGUCGGAUCAAAGAGCUAAUGGUGGUGAAGAAAGUGGUAAAAAUGAAGAUAAAGAUCGAAGCCGAAGCUCUAGGCAUAGAAGUGAGAAAAGCAGUGAUGAUCGUAGGUCAAAACGUGCAAAAUCAGGUGAAGAUUCCCGUGAACGUGAGAAAGAAAGAGGCUCUUCUCACCAUCGUUCAUCUCCAAAAGAUGGGGAUAGGAGUGAUAGAGACAAACAAAGGGGUACCCGUGAAACACGAGACAGAGAUAGGGAUAAAGAUAGGAGCAGGGAGGACAGAAAUGGAAAGGGUAGAGAUAAAGAUAGAGAAAGAGAAAGAGAAAGAGACAGAGGUGGUGACAGGGAUAGGGAGAGGGACAGAGUGAGGGUAAAAAGGGAGCAUGGACGUGAGCCUGAGAAAGAAAGGGAAGAGAGAGAUCAAGAGAAAGAGAAAGAACAUGAAAGACCACAUCGAAGUGGAAGCCGAUCAGAAAGACAUGGGAGUGAAAGGGACAGGGAAAAGAGCCGUGAUAGAGAGGUCAAAGAUAAAGAAAGAGAAAAAGAAAAAGAAAAAGAAAGGGAAAUUAGAGAACCUGAUCGUGAUCGUGAAAGCAGGCGAUAUAAAGACAAAAAGGAAGGAGCAGUCGAGCCGGAGGUUGAUCCUGAAAGAGAUCAGCGCACUGUCUUUGCAUAUCAGAUAUCUCUCAAGGCUGAUGAAAGAGAUGUUUAUGAGUUCUUCUCAAGGGCUGGCAAGGUUCGAGAUGUACGUCUUAUUAUGGACCGAAACUCAAGGCGCUCAAAAGGGGUUGGGUACAUUGAGUUUUAUGAUGCAAUGUCUGUCCCUAUGGCAAUAGCACUAUCUGGUCAACCUCUUCUUGGUCAACCCGUCAUGGUCAAACCAUCAGAAGCUGAAAAGAAUCUUGUGCAGUCCACUGCAACAGCUGCUGGGGUUGCAGGCGGUGCAGCAUACGCAGGGGGGGCUAGAAAGUUAUAUGUUGGCAAUCUUCAUUACAACAUGAAAGAAGAUCAACUUCGCCAGGUAUUUGAAUCAUUUGGUGUUGUAGAGCUGGUGCAAUUGCCUACUGAUGAGACUGGAAAUUGUAAAGGUUUUGGUUUUAUUCAGUUUGCACGUCUUGAAGAUGCUAGAGCUGCACAGAGUUUAAAUGGUCAAUUGGAGAUUGCAGGUCGAAUGAUGAAGGUGUCUGCCAUUACUGAUCAAUCUGGAAUGCAAGAAAUGGGUGUAAAUCCUGGUGAUUUUGAUGAUGACGAAGGAGGUGGCCUGUCUUUGAAUGCACGUUCUCGAGCACUUCUCAUGCAGAAGUUGGAUCGUAGUGGAAACACAACAAGUGCACUUGGCAUCCCGGCCAAUAAUAGCACAGGCCUAGCGCCAGCUGGCGUUCCUUUUUCUGGGCUUGCAUCGAUGCCUGGUGCUGUGCCACUCCAACUCCCACUCCCACCUGUUCCUGUUCCACCCAUAGAGAGCAUUGGUAUCCCCAGUGAAUGUCUGUUGCUGAAAAACAUGUUUGAUCCUGAGUUAGAGGAUGAGCCAGAUUUUGAUCUUGAUAUCAAGGAUGACGUUCAAUCUGAAUGCGCAAAAUACGGAAAGCUAAGACAUAUUUAUGUCGAGAAGGAGAGUGCUGGAUUUGUGUAUUUACGUUUUGAGAAUAGUCAAUCUGCUGUAGCUGCUCAGCAAGCUCUUCAUGGAAGAUGGUUUGCUGGAAAGAUGAUCACUGCUACCUUUAUGGUGCCACAAAACUAUGAGGGCAAAUUUCCGGACAGCAUCUAGGUGAUUGAAAAAUUUUAAAGCUGUUUUUCGUUGUAAUUUAGAUGUGGUUUCUAAAGUGUGUACAAGAACAUUGUUUGGUAUUUUGAGCAAUUGCAGGCAUUUGUGUUUUUUCUUUUAUCAUUUUAAGGAAAAACUUUGAUGUAUAAUAUUCUAUUAUUCAUGUAGUAUGAUUCUUAAUGCACUUUAUACA